UUUUCAGAAAUGAAUGAUUUUAAAAUGGCUGGCAAGCAGAGAACCUUACCAUUCACCUCUCCACGAAGAGAAACAAGAGCUGGCAGGGUGACGGAAAGAGAUGCUAAAUUGAGGCUAGAGGAUAAUGAGAGAGUUAAUCAUACUUCUGUGUCACAUGACAAGUUAGAGAGACAGUCUACCAUGCUCAAGUCCAGUCUAAACAGUUCCACAGUCAGAAGGCGACCGAACAAGAAGCCAAAUCAAACCAUAGCAUCCAGUCAGAAGCUGAAUCAGUUAAUAAUAGGAAGACCAAACAUGACUGACAACAAAGUCAAAGACACCGACUCUUGUUUGAGACAACUGGAAGAUCUAUACAGCCAGGCUGAACAGGUCUUAGGCUGUACAAAGGAAGAAGGCCUCUGUUUUGUAGAAGUUUUCAGAAGACUGUUGGAAGGAUAUGAUGCCAAAAGCUCUAGGAUAGAAGGAUUGCUGGUGGAAAAGGCAGACCUUUCAAAGAGAGUCAUGGACCAAGAGGAGCGAAUAGAAGAAAAUUCAGAGUACUAUAAAAAAGAACAAGCCAAAUUUAAAAAUCAAAUAGAUCAGAAAGAUGUGGAAAAUCAAAGACUGGAUGAUACAAUUACAAAGCUUAAAGGAGAGAAAACUGAACUAUUUCAAAAAUUAAAUAGACUACAGGAACAGCUAGAGGAAGCAGCCAUUAAACCACAAAAAUCCUACUGCCAGGAAUGCAGAACAGAAAUCCUGGAACCUGUCUUUUCCUUAGAGUCAAAAGAUGUGACUGAAUUUGAAAAGGAAAUUGGUCAAAAUAGUAUAUCUUCCAAAAUGAAAAAUCUAGAUAGAUGUCAUUCAGAAGAAACUCCAUCUAGGAACUUUGUAGUAAGAAAGCCCACUAAAAGUGAUAGUGAGACAUUAAUCAAAUCAGAACUACCAGAUUCUGGUCCUCCCUCCCCCAGGCACGAUUUCUUAUGUGAUUCAUCACAGUCCACACCCAGAUCAUCAGUAAAAUUAACUGAAACUGAAAUAUCUGGACGAGACCAUUCAGACCCUGUAGCCAGUAUCUUACUCAGACCUUCAGUCCAACAUAGGGAUCUUCAGGUUGAUAAUCUACAAUCCACGACAGAAAUGUUUUGUAGAUCCAGUUCCCGACACCACUACCUCCGCAGUAAUACAGAGAUUUCAUCCUCCAGCUCCUACUUCAGCUUUGCUAAUCAGUCCGAGUACAGCGGGCCUGGACUCUGGUCAAGAGAGAGCAGUUCAUUGUCAUUUGCUAACAGUACAUACUCAGAGUAGCUAGCACUGUCUAGCAGUAUAUACUCAGAGUAGCCAGUAUUAGCUUAAUAUAAACACAGUCAUCAAAGAGUUUUCAAAAUUAUACAUUUUCAUGAAGUUUUUCCUGAUUUCAGUAUAAACAAGAACACUUCUAUAAACCAUCUAUAUAAUUUAUCUAAAAUCACACGACCAGAUCAUUUAUUACAUGGUUGUAACUGGAAAUGCUUUAUCUUCUAUAAAAACUGUCUACUGGAGUGUCAAUCAAUAAAU